AUGGAUUUCAAGAAAACUGAUGAUGUUAGUCGAAGUGCACAGAUAUUUGAAGAAGAGCUGGAACAUGAAGAGAUUCUUGUUGAGGAAGAAGCACAAGAUGCUGAAGAUACUGAGGAAGUUGAGGAGACUAUCGACGAAUACCUGUUGGCAAGAGAUAGGCCGAGAAGAAUCAUCAAGCCACCUCAAAGACUUGGGUAUGCAGACCUCAUAACUUAUGCCUUAAUCUUUGUAAGUGAGGUUCUAGAUGAAGAACCUAUAGACUAUAAGGAAGUUAUGAGGAGUCGAAAUAAGACUGAAUGGCUGAAGGCUAUGGAUGAUGAGAUGAAGUCUCUUCAUGAUAACCACACUUGGGAACUGAUUAAGAAACCUGUUGGAGCCAGUUGGGAAACAAUACUUCAGAAGAUUGUUUCCUUAUCAACCACUGAAGCGGAAUAUAUUAUCCUCACUGGAGCUGUGAAAGAAGCAUUAUGUCUUGAAGGUUUUGCUAAGGAGUUGAAACUUCAAGGUCGAGAUAUCACUAUUAAAUAUGAUAGUCAAAGUGUUAUAUACCUGUCGAAGAAUUCAGCCUAUCAUGAACGAACCAAGCAUAUUGAUGUGAGACUGCAUUUUGUCAGAGGGGUAACCGAACAUGGAGAAGUCCAAGUGCUGAAGGUUUCGACAUAUCACAAUGUUGCUCAUAUGAUCACUAAGACAUUACCAAGUUACAAAUUUUUCCACUGUAUGCAGUUGAUAAAGCUGCAUGAAGAAAACUAG